AUGACUAAAAUGGUUAAUCUAUUAGCCACCAAGCUCGAGUUAGGUAGUCCUAUGAUAUGUCUGUACCUUCUAUGUAAUCCUGAUCACUAUGGUAGCCAUACUUUUAUUCCCCUGUACUGGUCCACAUUUGUAACUGAAGCCAGAAACACCAUUGUUGGCUUGUCAUCUACAUUUGAUUAUACACAUCGCCCUACACAGCAUGAACAUAUCUACCUCUAUGAUUGGAUUCGAAGAUUCAAACGUGAUAGGAAGAACUCAAAAGAAAGACUUUCAAAAGGACAUGAACUAGAUUGUGCAGAUUCUGAAAUACCUACUAAGGAGGAUGAGAAUUUACACAAAAACCAACUGGAAUUUCUGAAAGGUCAUCCCCUUGCAGCUUCACAUCUUGUGAGAACACAAAGAAACUGGGAGAGUAAUGUUCCCAAUUUAAUUGGAGGUGCUUUCCCAAGGCCUGACAAAGGUGAUCGUGAAUACUACUGUUCUGCAGUACUUACAUUGUUCAAGCCUUGGCGUACAGGCAAAGAUCUCAAAUCUGAAAAUCAAACAUGGCAUGAAGCCUUUCUAAUCCAUGUAUUUGAUGAGCAAGUCUCAUUGUACAUCAAAAACUUGAAUCUGCGAUAUGAAUGUCUUGAUGCAAGGGAUGAUUAUCGUUCGCAAUUACAA